GGUCAUUGUUCGCAGGUCAGGUGUUGGUCAGGUCACAGUCCACCAGGGUUUCUGUGGCGUGGCAUGUCCCUAGUAGAAUCAUUUUUAGUUGAGCUACGAGACCGUCCGCAGUGAAUGUGGUCAGCCACCAUGUCCACUCCACCAAUUCCACCUCCAUGGACAGUGGCAGCGGUGGUGAUAGGUUAGGGUAUUUCUGUUAUCAUUAAGGAAUUAUUGAAGAAAGGGUAGCCUAAUUAUUUUGACAUUUAUCCCUAACUAUUUGGGUGUUAUUCCAGAAAUCAGAUUUGGUUAGGUUAGAUUAAUUGAUCUUUUUUAUUCAUUUUUUCCAUUACUUUGAGCGCUUUUUACCAUUAAACGUUCUAUUUACUUAAUGGUUACGUUAGAUUUGGUGAGGUUGCCUUGGUAAAAAUGGGGCAGGCUGCUCCGUUGUCACUGGUAGUUGGUGGGUGUAUUUCUGGAGUUUUACCUGUAAUAUGAAGGUGAUAACUCUCACUAUAUAUAGAUGUUAGUUUUUACCAUAUACGUAUUGUUAACUUUAAUGGGGCGGGGGCUUCGUGGUGCAGUGGUUAGCACACUCAGCUCACAAUCAAGAGAACCCGCCAGGCCUGUUCCACUCAUCCACCAGUCUGUUAGUAUUGGCACUCACUCACCACAUGACUGCCAGGCCUGUUCCACUCAUCCACCAGUCUGUUAGUAUUGGCACUCACUCACCACAUGACUGCCAGGCCUGUUCCACUCACCCACCAGUCUGUUAGUAUUGGCACUCACUCACCACAUGACUGCCAGGCCUGUUCCACUCACCCACCACUCUGUUAGUAUUGGCACUCACUCACCACAUGACUGCCAGGCCUGUUCCACUCAUCCACCACUCUGUUAGUAUUGGCACUCACCACAUGACUGCCAGGCCUGUUCCACUCACCCACCAGUCUGUUAGUAUUGGCACUCACUCACCACAUGACUGCCAUGCCUGUUCCACUCAUCCACCACUCUGUUAGUAUUGGCCCUCACUCACCACAUGACUGCCAGGCCUGUUCCACUCACCCACCAGUCUGUUAGUAUUGGCACUCACUCACCACAUGACUGCCAGGCCUGUUCCACUCACCCACCACUCUAUUAGUAUUGGCACUCACUCGCUACAUGACUGCCAGGCCUGUUUCACUCAUCCACCACUCUGUUAGUAUUGGCACUCACUCACCACAUGACUGCCAGGCCUGUUCCACUCAUCCACCACUCUGUUAGUAUUGGCACUCACUCACCACAUGACUGCCAGGCCUGUUCCACUCACCCACCACUCUGUUAGUAUUGGCACUCACUCAGCACUCGACUGCCAGGCCUGUUCCACUCAUCCACCAGUAUGUUAGUAUUGGCACUCACUCACCACAUGACUGCCAGGCCUGUUCCACUCAUCCACCACUCUGUUAGUAUAGGCACUCACUCACCACAUGACUGCCAGGCCUGUUCCACUCAUCCACCAGUCUGUUAGUAUUGGCACUCACUCACCACACGACUGCCAGGCCUGUUCCACUCAUCCACCACUCUGUUAGUAUUGGCACUCACUCACCACAUGACUGCCAGGCCUGUUCCACUCACCCACCACUCUGUUAGUAUUGGCACUCACUCAGCACAUGACUGCCAGGCCUGUUCCACUCAUCCACCAGUCUGUUAGUAUUGGCACUCACUCACCACAUGACUGCCAGGCCUGUUCCACUCAUCCACCACUCUCCACUGGACCCACCCAUAGGCAAGUGUUCCAGGAGGCAAGAAGGAGUGAGUCUACACCAUGGAACCUUGACAGACCUCCUCCUCCUGCCUUCAAGUCUGGCCAAAAGAAGAAGAGGAAGAAGAAGAAGACUCCGCUCACAGGGAAGAUAUUCUGUGUCCCCGCUUGACCUCAUUGGAGUAGAUAAGAUGAAGAAGAGGAGGAGGAGGACGAGGAACAGGACAUUCAGCAUUCCAAAGAUCCAGCACAGCCUCGGCCCUGAUGAAAGCGCUGUAGUGAAGUCAGCGUUCCGCAUUGAUCCCCAUACUGGGACGCUGACCCUGGCCGCCCCGCUGGACCGCGAGACCAUGGCCCAGUACUCCUUCACUGUCACGGACCCCAAGCCUCCGUUCACCAGCACCAGAGUCACUGUACUGGUCCAGGACUACAAUGACAACCCUCCGGUGUUCGCCAAAGACACUUACGUCACUGCUGUGCCUGAGGACACGGUCGCGGGCACGGCGGUUGUGACGCUCAGCGUGAUGGACGCUGAUGAGUCUGUGGCCGAACUGGACUUCUUCAUUACCAGCGGCGACCCUGACAGCUAGUUCCUGGUGCGCGCCUCAGGGGAGGUGAGUGUGGGCCCCUGGGGAGGCACAAAAACAAUGGUGGUGUGCUGACAGCAAAACAGUUUGUUCCUUUGGGUCUAUUCUAAAACAUUUUGCCGCCCAAGGUCACAUACUUGCCAAGGCUUUCGUAUGAGUUCAGGGCAUUUCCAGGUGUAGUUUCAUGACCCUGGUGGUAGUUUGAUCCUUUUUCAGUAGCAUGAACACACAAAAAAACACUCAUUAGAACCCAAUUGAUUCAUUCUUUAACCUUUAGGAAUAGUUGGUGUGAGGAGUGAAGGUGGCUUGUACUAGAGGCUUUACCGUGUAGCAGCGACGGGCCAAAUUUGUGGCUUUACCGUGUAGCAGCAAUGGGCCAAAUUUGUGGCUUUACCGUGUAGCAGCGACGGGCCAAAUUUGUGGCUUUACCGUGUAGCAGCGACGGGCCAAAUUUGUGGCUUUACCGUGUAGCAGCGACGGGCCAUAUUUGUGGCUUUACCGUGUAGCAGCGACAGGCCAAAUUUGUGGCUUUACCAUGUAGCAGUGACGGGCCAAAUUUGUGGCUUUACCGUGUAGCAGCGACGGGCCAAAUUUGUGGCUUUACCGUGUAGCAGCGACGGGCCAAAUUUGUGCCAUGAUAUAAACCCCCCAAAAUAGAUGAUACAUAAACUGAUCACAAAUGCUUUGAUAUGUAUUAUGAAAUGGUUUGUGUGAGGGUGAUUUUUUCUCAUUUUUC